UCGGGAGAGGGAGGGUUCAGGCUGAUGAAUAACUGUGUUGACGUUACAUUUUCCUGUUUCACAGCUAGCCCUGUAAUGUAUUCAUAACUCACUCACACAGCGGGAGAGUCACCUGCUCUGCUGUCACCGAGGACUGAAGUGUGACUGAACAGCUUCACCUAAGAGAAGCAGCUACAAUGGCCUCCUCAGGUAUGUUACCAGAGAAACAGUUCCAGUGCUCCAUCUGCCAGCAAGUGUUCACCGACCCGGUCACCACUCCCUGUGGACACAACUUCUGCCAGGCCUGCAUCCAGAGUGUGUGGGACAGCAGCGAGGUCUGCCAGUGCCCCACCUGUAACAAAUCAUUCACCCCCCGUCCUGAAAUCGGCAUCAACACAGCCUUCAAAGAGCUGGCGGACACGUUUAGAAACAUUGUCAUUUGUUCGUCAGCGUCACCGCUGUGCACGGCCAAACCAGGCGAGGUGGCAUGUGAUGUCUGCACGGCGACAUCCCUGCAGGUGAAGGCCCUGAAGUCCUGCCUGGUGUGUCUGACCUCGUACUGUAAAGCCCACCUGGAGCCUCACCAGAGAGUCGCCACCUUGAAGAUCCACAAGCUGAUCGAGCCGGUGAGGAACCUGCAGGAGAGGAUGUGCAAGAAGCACGAGAGGCUGCUGGAGAUGUUCUGCAGGGACGAACAGAAGUGUGUGUGCCAGUUCUGCACCGAGACCACGCACAAAGACCACCAGGCUGUUACAAUAGAGGACGAGAGUCAGGAGAGGAAGGUCCAAAUCAAGCAGACUGAGGCAGAUUUUCAGCAGAUGAUUCAGGAGCGACUGAAGAAAGUGGAGGAGAUCAAAAACUGUCUGAAGCUCAGCAACGCAAGUGCAGAGAAGGAGAUGAAGGAGAGCGACCGUCUUCUCACGUCUCUGAUUCGCUCAAUUGAGGAGAGACACACUGAAGUCCACACAGAGAUCAAGGAGAAGCAGAAAGCAGCGGAGAGGAGGUCAGAGGAGCUCGUUGAGGAGCUGCAGCAGGAAAUCACUGAACUGCAGAGGAGGAACGCUGAGCUGGAGGAGCUGAGGGACACUGACGACCAUCUGCACAUCUUACAGAAGUCGCCCUCUCUGAUGUCACCUCCACCCACCAGAGAGUGGUCAGAGAUCGGCAUCCACCCUGAACUGUGCGUGGGGCCAGUGAGGAGGGCACUGUCUAAGCUGGACGACACCUUGAAGAAUGAACUGGACAGCCUGAAGAAAGAAGAGAUAAAGAGGAUGCAGAAAUAUGCAGUUGACGUGGUUCUAGACCCGGACACUGCCCAUCCAAACAUCGUCCUGUCAAGUGACGGAAAGCAGGCGGGCCGCGCUGAGCUGCUACACAUUGUGCCAGAUAUCCCUCAACGCUUUGACCCCGUCAUUUGUGUUCUAGGCAAGAAAGGCUACAUGUCUGGGAGGUUCUACUUCCAGGUGGUAGUAGCAGCAAAGACCUUCUGGGACCUGGGCGUGGUCAAAGAGUCCGUUAACAGGAAGGGGAUGAUCACCUCCAAGCCAGAGAACGGCUUCUGGACGGUGCGGCUGAGGAACGGCACAGAGUAUCGCGCUUUGGAUUCCCCCUCAGUCCAUCUUCCCCUCAAGGACAAGCCGCAGAUUGUGGGAGUGUUUACGGAUUACGAGGAGGGGAUCGUGUCGUUCUUUGAUGUGGAGACCAGGUCUCAUAUCUACUCUUUCACUGGGUGCUUGUUCUCUGAGAGGAUCUUCCCCUUCUUCAGCCCGGGUGUUUUUGAUGAAGGGAAGAAUGUAGCGGCAUUGGUUAUCGCAGCUGUUAAUCCUGAGACGUAGACUUGAAGAUGAGCCUUCGACUGUAUUCUGAAGUUGCAAGAGAGAUUUUGACUCACAGAACUGAUUAGUAAUGAGUACAGUCUUGUUUUGUUUGUUUUUUGGUGUCUGGGUUUCUAGUGCAGUUCUCAAAGACUGUAACACCCCACAUCCUCUAUACAAGGCAUCAUGGCCUUGAACCUACUAGCCAUAAUCGGAAAUGUUUCAAAGUUGCUAUUGACUAUAGAAGUUCAUUUGAACUAGGGUAAUAUUUUCUUUGCUCUUCCUGGAAAAAGAAGCAUUCAGAGCAGCAAAGACUGGACUAAUGAACCAACCAUGACGACCAUGACAGUAUAGAAGUUACUAUGGUUCAGCAAUGAGUGAAUCUACAUUAUAUAUAAAACUGCACAGGAUAGCUGACUUAAGGUGACGUCCAAACAAAGCACAGAAAGUGCUUAUGUACAAAAACAUCCUGAUUUAUAAUACAGUGGGCCCACGUAUCCCACACCUUUAUAAAUCACAAUCAACUCAAAAUUUGGCGCAGUGAGCGAGCAUCGUGCCCCAUCUAUAGGUAGUGAUGGCCAAAUGAGGCCUCAUGAACCACUGUCUUUAUUUUCUGAAGCCACUAGAUGGCGCUGUCUGUUCUACAAAGGUUUGAAAGCACACUUGUGGUUCAUGAGGCUUCAUUUGGCCAUCACUAUCUAUAGGUGUGUAUAAAUGGCCGCAGAAACACCCUGAAUUAAUAUUCAUUAUCAAGACACCACACAAAGACAAGCAUGGAAAACACUGCAAGAAAAGGUAAAAAACAAAACUUCAAACAAUGUGAAGUCGACUGAAAACCGAGGGAUGUUUCAAGUUGACUGUCAGACAGUUUCAGUGACUGUCUGAAAUAAACACUCUAAAUGAGGGAUGCAGUUGCCAUAGUGCUGUUUGACAAACAAUCUGAUUUUUGUGACUCAAAUGAUUUCUGAAAAUAUCGGAACUGGCUCAUAAGCCACUCAUCAUCGUUGGCCAGUGGGUCAGCGCCAAAUAAGUCAUUGUGCGUCUUUACAUACUGCGAUCGCUGCUUUUUAUACCCAUCCAUCAACUGAUGGAUUGCAUGUGAAACCAAAUUCCCUGAUUGUAACUGAGGGGCAAUUUUGGCCAACGAACACAGGGGAUAAAUAUUAGUAAGGUUGACUAAACAUGUUAUUUGUUUACACUUUUUCUAACAGUGACACAGUGCUUUACAAUGGCAUACAACACAUUUAACACACAGUAAUAAAAAAGAAUUUAAAGCCAUAAAACAAACUGAUAGUAAUAUGUUUAAUUUUAAUAUGUUAUACAGGGUUAUUUGUAUUAUUUUACAUGGUCCCAAGGCCUCAGGGGAGUUGAGGCGGUUUACAUAACAACCCAAUACGGAUGUAUUUUUUAGGAGAUUGGAUUGAUCUCAAAUGAAACUAAAGCAACUGGAAGUAAAAAACAAAACACAAAUGUAAUUUGAACUGCUAGUGAGUAUUUUAUUUUUUGAGGGCCUAAUUUAAGUACACCUUUGGGUACCUUUGUGCCAAACUUAAAUGAAUCAUCAAACCCACGUAAAUGAUACCUGACAUGUUUACAGUUGUCUUGUGGACUCUACAUGCUUAGCAUAGCAUUGUUUGUGUAAUGGAAGCUUGAAACUGAAUUUAGACACAUUGUAUUAUCAUUCAAGAGGUGCUGAUUUACUUUAUGCAGAGCUGAUAACAACUUCAACCUUGAUGAUCAAAAUGUUUUGAGAUUAAAGCCUUGACUGGCAUGUUUGAAUCUUGUGAUUUUUUUCAAAUAAAAUGCAAAACCUUUUGCAUCA